AUGGCAUUCGAAAAGAACAAGUACCUCGAGGGGUUGCGAGAUUCGAUGUUGACCGGUAUCCACAAGCUCUCGUACAAGGACGGUGCUUUCAAAGAGAAGAUUUCCCAGAACACUCCCUUCGUCGAAGCACUUGAUAUCUUGAUCGGCUCAACUUUACCAACCGACGACGAGAAGUGCAAAUUGUCCACCCUCCGAAAAUACUACGUUGAAUCGGAGGAACCAGGACUGAAGGAAUCAAGCGGCGAGAACUUUCUGUAUUUUCUACAAAGCGGCAUGAAGUUCGAGGAGGUCUUUGCCAAAGAUGCAAAUGCUCGUGGCCAAUACGUCCCUCCGCUCCUCGUCGAGACAGUCAAGACAGACGGUACAGUCUGGUACACCGAAAACCUCGAUGACGGCGAUGAUAUGGGCACUUGGAAGGCGGAAUAUUACCUCAGGCCCCAGGCAAGACUGACACAGAGAUUCACCCACGCGGCGAAAAACGGCGACACGAAGUACAUUGUUGGCCAAUUCUCGCUCUCUCCCGACAGCUCUGAGCUUCCAAAGUACACGGCAAUGAUGACCAACAACGCUUCCACAGUCAAGACCAAGAAGCCGACGCAGAACAAUAAGGGCGCUGGAGAUGGCUCGAGCAAAGCUAUGGGAGGUGGCUUGAUGUGA